AUGCAGGACAUGUCCUCGGACAAGUGCGCCUCCGCGCGCCUGAGGGCCUGCCGCGACGGGCACACCCUCUGCGGCGCCCUGUCGCUCGGCCAGGCCGCGUCGCCGGUGCAGGUCGCGUACCUGGAGGCAGCGAGGCUGUACGGCUCGCGCGGCUGCGCGGCGGGCACGCUGCAGGUAUCCAUGCUGUAUGAGGGCCUCAGCGCAAACGACAUUCGUGCGGAAUAUGCCAACCCAGCAGCGCGCGCUCUGGCCAACAUUACCGGCGUGGCGGGCAACAGGGUAAUGUGGGUCGUCGUGCCGGCCUCGGCGCCGGCGCCGGUGCAGGCGCAGGCAGCCGGCCAGGCGCGCGGCCUGCUGCAGGCGGCGUCCCAGUCGGCCCUGGCGCUGUUUGCGGUGGAGACCGGGUCGGCGGCGGCCACAGCUGCCGCGCAGCAGGUCGUAGUAGAGGCGGCGGCCGACGGCGGCGCGCAGCUGUUCGCAGCAAUGGCGGCGCAGGGCGUGCCGGUCAGCAGCGCCAAGCCCAGCGUCGCGGUCGCGGGCAGGCUCGUCCUCGCCGGCACGGCGGCCGCCAUGGCGCCGAGCGGCGGCGCGGUAGUGGGCGCCGGAGCGCCUGCGGGUGUCGGCGGCGCAAUUUCCGGCAAGUACGCAGGCAUCCGAAGGGCGUCCGGCAAGGCAGCCGCCCUCGACCCCGCCGUCACCAUCGGCGUCGCUGUCGGAGUGUCUGUGGGGGGCGCCUUCCUGAUCGCGCUCCUCUGUGGCAGCUGCUGCGUGUGGCACAAGCGGCGCCAGGCCAGGUGGCUGCGGCAGGGGCAGCCCUCCCAAGCGCGCCGCAUCACGGACUCUGCUGUGUUUGUUCCUGGCGAUGCCGAGAUCAUCGCCCCCAAGGCGUCCGUCAAGGCCAAAGCAACGCUGCACGACGAGUGA